GCAAAUCAAAUACUGUACCUGUCCAGUGCGCGCGCGCGUUUGGUAUAUGGAAUUGCAUUGCGACAGACACCGUGGAGAUCCUUUUGCCUACCUGGAUUUUGAUGCUGGUACCGGACUGUGAAAUCUAAAAUAUUACGGCUGAAUAGUCAUUUUACAUUAAUUAAUUUAAAGAGGCAGUCUCAUUCGUACCAUAUGUGUUCAUUGUACUUUGAUUGAAUUGUUGAUACAAAGGAGAACGGAGAGAAAAUGAGCGUAGAUGCCUACGGACCCAGCUCGCAGAGCUUGCUCACGUUUUUGGAUGCGGAAGAACAUGACCUGCUGGGAGCCGACACACAAGGCACAGACUUUGACUACAAUGUGGGGGAUUUUACAUUGCCUUCACAGACACAAGCUUCUCAAAGCCAAGCAUCCCAGUUGGAUUUGGCUUCACAAUCUCAGAGUCAGGUGGAUGCUAGUCAAACCAAUGGGAUAGAUGAGUCUGUGGCUGCUGUAGGACAACAGGUCAAAGAAUUGACCUUUGAGGAAGAUGAAGAAGAUGCGACUGUGCUCUCCAAAGAUUUGCCCAACCAUGCCUGCAAGUACUGUGGCAUUCAUGACCCUGCUGCUGUUGUUCUCUGCAAUGGAACCAAGAAAUGGUUUUGCAAUGGACGAGGAAACACCUCUGGCAGCCAUAUCAUUAACCAUCUUGUGAGAGCCAAGUGCAAGGAGGUGACCCUCCACAAGGACAGUCCACUUGGGGAAACCGUUCUGGAAUGCUACAACUGCGGAUGCCGCAAUGUCUUCUUGCUAGGGUUCAUCCCAGCCAAGGCCGACUCUGUGGUCGUUCUGCUCUGCCGUCAACCCUGUGCCACUCAGAGCAACUUGAAGGAUAUGAAUUGGGAUCCAAGCCAGUGGCAGCCUCUAAUCCAGGAUCGAUGCUUCUUGAAGUGGCUGGUCAAGAUCCCUACUGAGCAGGAGCAGCUGAGGGCACGUCAGAUCUCUGCCUCUCAGCUCAACCGCCUGGAGGAGCUGUGGAAGGAGAACCCAGAGGCCACCCUGGAGGACCUGGAGAAACCAGGAGUAGAUGAGGAGCCUGCCUCUGUCAUGCUUAGGUAUGAGGAUGCGUACAUGUAUCAGAAUAUCUUUGGACCUCUUGUCAAGAUGGAAGCUGAUUAUGACAGGAAGCUGAAGGAGACCCAGACCCAAGAAGGGGUCACUGUACGUUGGGAUAUUGGUCUCAACCGCAAAACAAGAGCCACUUUUAACUUCCCCAAGAAAGAAGAUCUGAAGCUGAUGCAUGGUGAUGAACUGAGGGUCCGCUACACUGACCCAAGAGAGCCCUGGUCUGGUUUAGCUCAUGUGGUCAAGACUCCAGACAACUACAGCGAUGAGAUCUGUGUGGAACUGAAAAGCAGCAGUAACAUCCCUGUCAAGUUCACCACCAACUUUGCGGUUGACUUUGUCUGGAAGUCAACAUCAUUUGACAGAAUGCAGAAUGCCCUGAAGACUCUAGCAGUGGAUGACACUGCCGUGUCCAGCUAUCUGUAUCACCGUCUCUUGGGACAUGACGUUGAGAACCUAGUCCUCAAGUGUAACCUACCUAAGCGGUUCUCGGCCCAGGGCCUCCCUGAGCUCAAUCAUUCCCAGGUGUCAGCUGUACGCACUGUGCUCACACGCCCACUAAGUCUCAUUCAGGGACCACCUGGUACUGGCAAGACUGUGACAUCUGCUUCUAUUGUCUAUCAUCUGGCUAAGCAGGGAACUGGGCAAGUACUGGUGUGUGCUCCUAGUAACAUUGCUGUGGAUCAGCUGACUGAGAAGAUUCAUAAGACUGGUCUCAAGGUCGUCAGAUUGUGUGCCAAGAGCAGGGAGGCUAUCGAUUCACCUGUCUCUUUCCUCUCCCUCCACAACCAGGUGCGUAACAUGGAGGGAGCAGAAGAGAUGCAGAAGCUCCAAGCUCUGAAGGACGAGAUGGGAGAACUGUCAAGCAAUGAUGAGAAGAGGUACCGAACUCUCAAGAGAAACUGUGAGCGAGAGCUACUACAGAAUGCUGAUGUGAUCUGCUGCACCUGUGUUGGAGCUGGUGACCCACGCUUUGCUCGUUUUAGGUUCCGUGCUGUAUUGAUUGAUGAGAGCACUCAGUCCACUGAGCCAGAGUGCCUCAUCCCUGCUGUUCUUGGAUCUAGACAGCUUGUUCUAGUUGGUGAUCAUUGCCAGCUUGGUCCCGUUGUCAUGUGCAAGAAGGCAGCUAACGCUGGCCUGUGCCAAUCUCUCUUUGAGCGUCUAGUUGUCCUUGGAAUCCGACCAAUCAGACUUCAGGUCCAGUACCGCAUGCACCCGUCCCUCAGUGCAUUCCCAUCAAACAUCUUCUAUGAGGGCUCCCUUCAGAAUGGAGUAACAGCAGCUGAGAGGAUCAACCGUGCAGUGGAUUUCCCAUUCCCUCAACCUGACAAGCCAAUGUUCUUCUAUGCUACCACAGGGCAGGAAGAGAUUGCCAGUUCUGGUACCUCCUACCUCAACAGGACUGAAGCGGCUAAUGUUGAGAAGCUGACAACCCGAUUCCUGCGUGCUGGUGUCAAGCCAGAACAGAUUGGGAUUAUCACGCCUUACGAGGGCCAGCGUGCGUUCAUCGUACAGUUCAUGCAGUACAGCGGUCCCCUCAACGUCAAGCUCUACCAAGAGGUGGAGAUUGCCAGUGUUGACGCCUUCCAGGGACGUGAGAAGGAUUACAUUAUCCUGUCUUGCGUCAGGGCCAAUGAUCACCAAGGCAUCGGAUUCCUCAACGAUCCAAGACGUCUAAAUGUCGCCCUAACUCGUGGAAGGUAUGGAGUGAUAAUUGUUGGUAACCCCAAGGUAUUGUCACGUCAUCCCCUGUGGAACCAUCUCCUAACAUACUACAAGGAACAGAAGGUCUUGGUGGAAGGUCCACUCAACAAUCUCAAGGAAAGCUUGAUCCAGUUCAGCAAACCUCGCAAGCUCAUCAACCCAUCCAACCCGGGAGGUCGUUAUAUGAGUAUGGCCAUGUUUGAUGCCAGGGAAGCCCUAGCUCCUGGUGGUGUCUUUGACAGGUCCAGGAUGUCUAAUGGAGGUCCAUCUCACUUCCCAGCCAACCAUGGACGUGUCCAUGACCAGAUGGGUUACAUCCAACCAAACCAGUCCCGCAUCGCUGCAGCCAACUUCCCCAUCCCCGUCAACAUGUUCAUGCCCCCACCCAUCCCCCCAGGGGCCCCUGGCUUCUUCAACCAGCCCCCUCCACCCAAUGCCCGUGGCCCAGGUCCCAACAGAGGACCCAAUUUCUCCGGCAGCCCAGGAGGAGGAGGCCGUAAGAAGGGGCGUGGUUACCAAGGUUCGCAGCAUCCGCGUCAGCAGCAGCAGAAUAAUGCAGCUAGCAAUGGACAGGGUAAAGCCGGUGGGAACAGCGGGAGUCAGAACAUGUCGCAGUACAACCUCUCUCUCAACAGCACCCAGAACAGCCAGCCUGAUGUGUCGCAGUCCUUCUCACAGGGUGUCCUAACCCAGGGCAACAUGUCCAUGUCUCAGCCCAUGAGUCAGCCAGGACUAUCUCAACCAGGCUUCUCUCAAAUGGGUCUCUCUCAACCAGGGCUAUCUCAACCAGAGCUUUCUCAGGAAAGCUUCAUGGGCGAGUCUGAGUUCAAGUCUCAGCUGGAUGCCGCCCUCUCCCAGGACUCCACCUACCAGGGAGACCGUAACUACAUGCAGGGCUUCGGUUAUUAGUUCCUAGGGAGAGAGGGGGGAAUCCCCCCGGAGAAUAGCGGAGAGAGGUGUAUACCAUCAAGCUGAGGCAAAGGAAUCAUCGCUCACCUACCAACAUCAUCCGUAAGAUCGGAGGAGAGUAUGAGGCAACCAGGAAUCAACAUCAUUGUCUGUGAAAGACAUGCCCACUCUCUACAAAUGUGGAAGCGCUGGUGUAAUGUAAAAAAAUUAUUGAAAUAAGCAGCGGAUAAACAAGAGACGACAGGUAAUGAAGCAGUCAGGAAAAAAAAAAGGUGGAAAGAGAAGGGAAAAGAAGUGAGAUGGAUAGAAAAGAAGAAACAAUUCUGAGCCAUUUCUAAGAAAAUCAUAUAGGGCUGCAUUCAGUAGAUAUCAGCACUAUAAGAGCAAAAGGAAAGUCACAAUAAAUAUGAGGGUUAUGUACCUUAACAAAAGUAUGCCAUAGUAUGCCGCAGCUGUCGGCAAGAAUUCUGCUCAGGUUGUUGCUUAUUAAUCCUCCAGUUUUCUUCAUUGAAAAAAGGAAAUAAUGGUGGACCAGGAGAAUUUCUACAUGGCUUGAACCUGAUAGACAACUUUUGUUCAGGUACCUUAUUAAAAUACCCACUCUAUGAAUCAUGGGUUGGGUUUGUUUAUCCUACUGGAAUAAGGUCUUUAAGCAGUAUUUUUAAGAAAAAAAAAUUAGGAUGGGCAGUUCAAGUUUCAUCAGCUAUAAUAGCAUAUGUGGAUAGAAAUCCUAUAUAAGAAGAUGAGUAUAUUCACAUUCCAACAGGCUCCAUACGCUCAGUCAAAUUCUGAGCAUGUGUCUGUGCCAUGAAGUGUUCAGUCUAAACGUAAAGGAUGUAUCUGGUAGCAGAGUUGUGCACAAGGUCAGAAGGCCGAGGCCAGAUUGUCUUAGGCCAAAGGCAAGGCCAAGGGCCCCUGAGUUCAAGGACUUUAGACUCUAAUUGUCCUCGAGGCCGGCCUCCAGUAGCGCAACACUGAUCAGUAGACAACCAUUCCAGUGAUUACCUGUAAACAGGCUAUGAGCGUACCGUGUGCUCAGUACUGAAACCUGACCUGUAUCAAAGGUGUAUCAUUGGAAGUCUCCUGUUUAGUUGUUACCUGUGUGAGGGAUGAUGAACAUGUCCUAUCAAAACUGAUUCAAAUCCAUGUGGGAGUGGCCUUUUUUCAAAUGAAACAGUUUACCUUCUCAUGUGUUUUUAACAUCUGUAUGGCAUGUGAAGUUGUAAACUGCAAUAUUGGCUAAGUAUUGCACUAAUGACUGUGUAUCAUUUGAUGAAAAAAGAGUUCACAUCAUGUCCUUUUCAACAUGCAGCCCUAUAUGAUUCCAACGAAGAAAUGAGUUCUGAAGUUGAAGGUCUGUCCCAUUGUGUAAAGUUGUGAUUUGGUCUAUAGUGUAUACACAUUACAGCAAGGUAAGAUCUGUUGAAAAAAAAAUAAUGGACGAUUAUCCCCAAUUCAAGAGAUGUCAGCGUUUUUUGCAGUUAUACGUGUUCCUGAAAUUUGAGUACUGUAUAUUGUUCAUUGCAGAAAAGGUAAGGAUAACGUUUUUCCAUCAAUUACUGUUUCAGCUAUCAAAAUAUUUCAACUUGGGAUAAGAAGUUGGUGUGUCCCCAUAAUCUCUUGCCAAACAGUAAGUUUCAUUCAGACUUCAAAUAUAUGGAAAGUAGAAAAGAAUUACUCUUCUGCGAGUAUCAACUUGAGGGACAGAUAUCUUCCCCUGCUGAAAUAACUUCUGACUUUAUCAACUGUACAAUGCAUCGAUUGUGUACAGUACUUCAACAGAAUGUCACAAAAUGGGAGAUCUACAAUGUAUAUUCCCCCAACUUGAUAGGGAUUGGCCUGUGAUUACAUACGACUGCACUCUGUUUCAAUAGGAGUAUUAAACCCCCUCCCCCCCCCCCCCCCUUCGUAUAUGUAAAAACAUCUGUGAGAAUAGUAAAAUACUAUAUUCAAACUGCAAUUGGUUAGUGUUUAGCAUCUAUAGACCAUAUCGCACCAAUCGAUGAUAAAGGUUUAAAGAGUUGAUGGUCAAGGAAUGCUCUCUUAAAGAGAUAAAUGAAAGUUUGUAUGAGGUGUCCCACUCACAUUUGUAUUGUGGAUUCCUCAAUAAUCUGAGAAUGUUAGAGUGAGUGGUCGUCGGGUUGUAGCUGUCUUUAUUUCUUAAAAAAACAUCAGCAGGACUGCUGUACAUAUUAGAAAUUAAACCUUAUUUUCUUACAUUUUUUUCUUUUUUUCUUCCAUGAAUUAAAGUAGUGGUUGAGAAGUCUGUUUAGAAUAUUUUGAUGCUUGUUCAAAUAUGAUGCGGAAAAUCGCAGCACUAUUUUACAAAUAAUGGUAAAUGGUUUGUGCUUAAAACUUUUGUGUUAAUGAUACAAAGCUCCUUGAGUAUGUGCAAAUUAUUAGUUACAUGCAUUGCCACACAUUUACACAUUGUAAAAAGCACAUUGGUUUGUUCCCAACUGCGACAAAUGUGAACAAGACUUUACUGUUGUGAGAGCUGAAUGAACGACCUUCAUAGUAAAAUACUUUGUUAUUCAUAUGCCAACACAUUUUUUUAGGAAGUAAUAGUAGUGUUCAUCCGAAUAAGAAUCCAGCUGUUCAUAUGUAUUUUUUUACAUUUGUAAGGAAUUUAUCAAAUGCAGAACUUUGCAAGUCUGAUUUCAUUAGGAACUGUACGUUGGAGUUGUUUGUUUUUUAUUUGGUUAAAAAAAACGGUGAAUAGAUAUUGAAUGGGAAUUAUUAAUAACUCAUUUUUACUAACUGGUAUAUUUUGAAAUGUGGAGCUCUUAUAGCUAAUUUUCAUAUUCAGCUUGUAAUUCAAAGGACCAUGUUGCUGUUAACAUUUAUAAGGGACAUACAAUUGGCCUCUUCUCUUUAAUUUUUAGGGCUUUUAAUUAACCAUGAAUCUACUAUCAAAGUGGAUAAGAUCUUGGAAGUCUUCAAAUAUUUUGGGCAAAAUGCAGCUUUAUAAAUGAAGUAAAGAGUCAACAUAAACUUGGAGUAAAUGUAGCCUACCUUAGUUUCAUCAUCACAGUUUCAUCAAUUCACAUUUAUGAAUUUUCUUUGGGAAGAUGAAUAAAUCAAUUUCAUGACUCUCAAAAUGGAUGUGUACCAUUCAGAAUAAUUCGAGUCAUAUAUUUUUCUUAGAGAUCAUCAGAUGUAUGUAGACGUACACUUGUGUGUUCAUUCACAAAUUUCCUUUAAAUUUAUUCUUGUUUGAAUCAAACUGUAUAUUAAUUCAUAUUUUAAAUGAUAGUAUACAUGUAUAAUGUCAUGUUUCAUAUAUUAUUGUUUUGGUUUGGUUUGGAUUCCAUUUUUUUUAGGAAUUUCACAUAUUUUUUUCUGUAUUUUUUAGACUGAAAUUUUAUCUUGAUUAUUAAAGCUUCAAUUACUGAAUACAACUAUUUUCCAAAUGGUACAAUGUAAUGAAACUAAAAACUUCACUUGUCAUUAUGUGCAAAUUAUAAAAGCAAUUUAGAAAUCGCAGUAUGGGUCAUUGUGCAUUUCAUAAUCAUUGCACCCUAAUUCACACUAGCAUUUUAUUUGUAUUGGAAGUUUAAAGAACCUAGGACAUACAAAUAAUGCCUUGCUGGUUGUUUUGUUUUUAAACCUUUUACCAUUUGUUGUGCUUAAUUUUCAUCGAUAAUAUCAAGAUGCUGUUUCCAUGACACCUGUUGAUCCUUGUUAGUUUUAUCUGUAUAAAUAUUUUGGAAACAAGACUUGAAGAUUGUUUAACCCUAUAUUGCUGGAAGGAGCAGGGCUUAUUUUGACACCGGCAUGGCACAACUGACAGCACCAAACAAAAAAUAAUAAUAAACUGGUCAUUGGAAACAUCUAACUGAAUAUUGAGCUAUCAAUCAUGCAAUUUUGAAUAGGUUAGCAAUCUCAAUUGGAUGGUGGAGCUUGGGAAGGCAAUCAUUCUGUAUAACACCACCAUCAACACAGACACUUAAGAUUAUUGACAAAUGUAAUUGUCAGGAAUAUAGCUGAAGUGAUGAUGUUGUGCAACUUAAAAAGACGACUAAAUAUUUAAAUUCAAGCUUCCUAUUUUUAUCAAACCUGCACUAUUGGUCUCAACGUCACUUUUUAAACAAGGGAUUUGCAAUUUUGUUUAUAAUGUGAUGGGUAGCAGAUUUUUUUUGCAAUGCUUAUCAUGGACUCCAUUGUAUGAAAUAUACAAUUAACAAAGAGCUCAGAAAUCCUGAUCUGCUAAUUCAGACAAUGUGGCACACAAGCUAUAUUUCCAUGUACACCAACAGGUGUUUAAAUUGUGAACUACGUACAGUAUAUGUACCAUAUACCAAUUAAUCUUAAGAUAUAUUUACAUCAUUAGGUAAAGCCCUGGGGCCGUAUUCUGAAAAUUAUUUGUCUUUUCUUGCAUGCAUGAGCGUGCAAGAUGUCAGAGCUAAAAUUGGCAUAAAGCUAUUAAUAUGCACAUAAAUUUCUCUGUGCACAAGAUAACAUAUCAAGAUGAAAGGUAUUCUGAAAUUCUUUUUUUUUUCUUUGAUGUUGACUUCCUUGGAAUGAACAAAAGAGGUAUGGGCUAUUGUAACAUAAUAUGCAUUAUUUCUCGGUCAACAUUCAACAAUAGUUAUUUCUUGCUGGAUCCUGAAAGAAAGUCUUGUUUUACAAGAGGAGACAUCCCGAAGACAUUAGAGACAGAAUGGCAGCCUUUCCAGCGUUUUACAGAACUCAUUCGAAAUAAUGAAUAUUUUCAAAGAAAAUAUGCCAAGAACAACCACAUGUAGUUGUAGCACAAGCAUAAGAUUAGGGGAGUAAGGGAAAUCACGCUUCCUGUCAAUUAUGCUUUUAAAGAGUUUACGGAAGAGAAUUUAUCAUAGAGAAUUUAUCAUAGAGAAUACCAAUUUGAAAUGAUAUUAGCAAGCUCUUUGUGCUGAGAUGGCAUAAAUGUUACAAAAAAAGAAUACCACCCCCCCCCCUGAUAUUUGUGUUUUCGUUUAAGAAAUCUUUGCAGAGCAAUCAAUGAAUGUUUAUUAGGGGCCAGGUUAGGUACAGGUACAUGUAUGAUGGUUUAAAACAACAGACUACACAGAAAUAUACCGGUACUUUAAUGUUACCCAUGUCAUGUGUACUGUGUAUUCCAUUUCACUUUUCAAAAUAUAAAAUAUUUUCUCAGUACCUUAUAGUAUUGUGUUAAGAGGAAGCAUAUCUUUGGUCCAUGCAUUGAGUGACCUGUGAGGCAUUUCAAUCAAUCAAAGGUUAUCCCUCUCGGGAACUCAAGAGGGAGCUGUUGGACGGUUUUGUUACCUGUUUUACUUGAUGCCAUCUUAAUUACGAAGAUCAUCAACGUAAUUUUUAUGCAGCUCUUGAUCACCAGCCAGUCGCAGAGCACAUGCACCGUACACACUCACUGCACUGCUUUUGGCUUCAUCAGUGCUGGCCCAAACAUCUGAUGGCAUUGCUUCAUAAAGCAGGAGGCAGAGCCAACAUGCCAGGAUCUUUGAACAGCAUCCAAAGCAUACGCAAACUGAAAAUUGUCAGAGUUCAGGCAUUCCAAAGAAUAAUUUUGCUUUAUAAAGUUGAGUAGCAUUUUUGGUCAUAAGAGAAAAGCUCUCAACUAUUAAAGUAAUGUACAGUCCUAUGUAAAAAUAUGCUAUACAAAAUACUUUAUGCAUAGCAGUCUUUCAAAAAUGUGGAGCAAAUUGCGAUGCGAUACCAGGAAAAUUAUUCCCUGCAUUCAGAACAAAGCAUCUGUGGCAGCGUCAAAUAACGUUGGUGUCAGAGGGCAG